UCAUUUCAUCAUCAUGAAAUAUGAAUUGUUGAUGAGAAUUUUGUGCUCUAUUCGUUUGUAGUUCGAGGCCAGACCAUACCAAGCUGUAUAAAUUUCAUUAAAUAAGUAGAUAAUAAUAUGAUAAGGGACUUUUGAAAGUCAUUGUUUUUAAAAGCGUAUAAUAAUCGAGCAAGAUCCUAACAUGGAGCAAAAAGAAGCCAGCACAUCUUCAGUUAUAAGGGUUGGAUCUCGUAAAAGUGAGUUGGCUCUAAUUCAAACUCGCCAUGUAAUCUCAUUACUGAAAAAUAUUAAUCCUCAAAAGGAAUUCGAAAUAGUUACCAUGAGCACUUUAGGAGACAAAGUUCUCGACAUCCCCCUACCGAAAAUAGGGGAAAAGUCGUUGUUUACAAGAGAGCUGGAGACUGCCCUAAUUACGGGUGCCGUCGAUUUCGUUGUGCACUCCCUUAAAGACUUACCUACGACGUUACCUACCGGCAUGGCCAUUGGUGCUGUUCUUACAAGAGAGGAUCCACGCGACGCUUUGGUUUUACGAAGUGAUCACCAGCACUUAACGUUAGAAACACUUCCCGAAAAUAGUGUGAUUGGUACAUCCAGUUUGAGACGAACGGCGCAAUUGGCAAAGAAAUUUCCCCAUUUGAAAGUGGAAAGUAUCAGAGGUAAUUUAAACACUCGAUUACGGAAGCUUGAUGAACUGGGACAUUUCCAUGCCAUUAUCUUGGCAACUGCGGGUUUAAAUCGCAUGGGUUGGAAGCAACGGAUUUCGAAGGUCAUUGAAGAAGAUGAGCUAUUGUAUGCUGUUGGGCAAGGUGCUUUGGCUGUCGAAUGUCGUGAAUCUGACGAAAACACAAUUCUGCUGUUGAAACCGCUUUAUGACCCCAAGACUGCCAUGCAAGUAAUAGCAGAAAGAAGCUUUUUACGAACCUUAGGAGGAGGAUGUAGUGCACCUGUCGCCGUCACAACAAAAUUAGUUCCAUCUGAAACGAACAAAUUUAAAAUGUCUCUUACGGGGGCGGUAUGGUCUUUGGAUGGUAAAGAGGAGUUAAUUCAGAGUGACGAGUCCCAGAUCGAAAUUAGGGAGUGUAAUCGAUGCGCAGUCUGUCCUUUCGGUUUUAAAAGCUACGACGCUUCCAACAUUGGAAACAUCAGUUCGUGUACGGCCGAUAAGUGCACAAACACGGACAUCGAAUGUUUGCAACAGUGCUCGUUUAAACGUCCCACCGAGGAAACUAACGGCAACAUUCCAAAGAAACAGAAAUCACAAAAUCCCCCUGCCGAGUUACUGAACACAGACUUUCAUCAGUACUGCCCAUUAAAGAUACCUGUUGGAUUGGAUUUCAUGGGUAAAUGCCCAUAUUUAGAAUCCGAAUUUAAUACCGUCAACAUAUACCCGAAGCGAUGUCCCAUUUUCAACAAGGGCCAAGUGGAGGGGAUGAAUGGGGAUUUUAGUAAAUGUCCAUUCUUAAAGGAGGGUCUCUUGCAGGAGGUAAUACCUGAUAACAACAAUAAAGAGAAAGAGGCAUCUGCAUCGAACAACUCAAAUUUGUAUGUGGGACUAGUUCCUCACGUAGAUAUUCCCGAGUCAUCUCUGAAAGAAGCUCAACAGUUAGGGACGCGUUUAGCGAAGAAUUUAAUGAACCAAGGUGCUACUGAAAUUAUGUCGAAAGCUCAAGAGAUUAUCAGAAAUGGUUGAUUUUAUUUUGUAAGCUAAUUUUAUUGGGAAGGGUAACCGAUAUGGGGGUUGGACGUUGCUAGGCGGAUUUGAAAUUUUUAUAGUUUAUUAAAUGUUGUAUGUUAUUUGUUAUUACAGUUGAUAUUAUAGAUUUUAAAUUGCGCAAAUUGAUGCGAAUUGCAGUACAAAAUGAACCGUUAUACUCUUGGUAUGGUCAUUGUUUAAUUGUAACAAUGUUACCGAAUAGGAUUUUUCUGAUAAUACAAUGUAUUAUGUUCCACAUUUUACAAUAAAAAUGAUGUAUUUUUAUA